GUUUCCAUGCCUACCUUUAUCAUCAUCAUCUCAUCUUGUGCCUACAAUCUUCGUUUGAGUCUAGAGAUAUCUUCCAUGUCACCAUCAUCAUCAUCAUCAUCCGUUGCUUUGUUUCUCUUCUUCAUGUCUGAACUCCUACUGUCAGAAAGCAGUGCCUUUGCAAUCAUUCAGAUUUCAGAAUUGAAAAGAAAUAUUUGGAUUUUGAUUACCUUUUUGCUUGACUACAAACUACACAUCUUUGUUUUCUACUACAUCAUGGAUCGUCUCUGCGUCUUAUGCACACCAACCUUCCUUAACAUUAUUGAUACAGGUUAUGCUUUUGUGUAUUUCGAGGAUGAGCGUGAUGCUGAAGAUGCUAUCCGUGGGAUUGACAAUAUCCCUUUUGGCUAUGAAAAACGCAAGCUCUCUGUCGAAUGGGCUAAGGGUGAACGUGGGAAGCCUCAUGGAAAGGCAGCUUCCAAUCAGAGGCCUACAAAGACACUCUUUGUCAUCAACUUUGACCCUAUCCGCACUAAAGAGCGUGAUAUUGAGAGGCACUUUGAGCCGUAUGGUAAAGUUCUCAAUGUCCGCAUAAGACGCAACUUCGCAUUCGUUCAGUUUGCAACUCAGGAAGAUGCAACCAAGGCCCUUGAGUCUACACAAAACAGCAAAUUAAUGGACAGGGUUGUUUCUAUUGAGUACGCUUUGAGGGAUGAUGAUGAAAGAGAUGAUCGAUAUGCUCCUAGUCCCAGAAGGAGAUCUCUUAGUCCUGUCUACAGGAGGCGUCCCAGUCCUGAUUACGGCCGUCCUCGCAGUCCUGAGUAUGACAGGUACAAGGAUCCAGCUCCUUAUGAAAGGCGUAGGAGCCCAGGUUAUGGCCGUCGCAGUCCUGAAUAUGGGAGAGCUAGAAGCCCUGGUUAUGACAGAUACAGAAGCCGGUCUCCUGUAUACAGAGCAAGAGGUUGAAGAUGUUGCUACGGAAUGUGCUCUACGAGUGGUUGUGUUUUCUAUGUUAGUCUGAACCUUAGUUGCUAUGCUAUUAUGCUACGUGGUGUUAGUUUUAGUAGCUUGUAAUGACAUUGAUAUUUGUGAAGAAUUUGAAGCUUGGAUUCUCUCUUAA